AUGUCGUUCGCGCCCUGUGCGCACUCCAGCCACGCGGCCUGCGGCGGCAGGCGCGCGGUGCUUGUCGGCAAGGCUCCCGGCCAUAGCGGGGCAUGCGGCCAGGCCGAGGCGGUGAGGAACGGUGCGGGAGCUGUUCAGGACGUUGUGGAGGUGUCUCGACGGGCGUUGAUGAUCGCCGCGCCGGUCGCCGGGGUUGGGCUGCUGGGUGCCGCGGACGGCGCUCAGGGCAAGACCGUCGAGGCCGCCGAAGUGGGGGAGUACCUGCCGCCCUCCAACAUCGACGGAUUCGUGAAAUUCGUGCCAGAUGCGCAGAAGACGCCGGCAAUACGUGCUGGGACAGUGGACCCCAAGAACCCGUACAGCUUUUCCUUGCCAACAACUUGGCGCGAAGGGAAGGUGGCCAACAUAUUGAGUGGCAACUACUGUCAGCCCAGGUGCGAUGAACCAUGGACAGAAGUCAUCUUCAACGAUGCAUCAGAGGGACGGGUCGCCGUUUUGGUGACCCCUCUCUUUCGCCUAACCAGCAAACGUGAGGCCAAGAUGGAGGAAGUUGGAUCAACGAAAGGGGUGUUGCAGUCGAUCGGGCCAUACAUCACAGGCACAGUUCUUGAUGAAGAGGACCUGGUGUCUGCAGAAAGCAAGAAGCAGGAUGAUGGACGCACGUACUACAUGUACGAGGUGAACACGCCAUAUGGGACCUUUGGAACUCAUGCAGUGGCAUCGUGCACCACAAAGGGCGAUUUGGCACUGCUGCUUGUUGCCACAGCCAACGACAAGCAAUGGGCGAAGUCGCAGUCAAACCUGAGGAAGAUAGCCUCCAGUUUCCGUGCAUGA